CGUUACUAGAUGCCGCACCCGUUACUCAGUAACGAAUACAUACGGUUUGCUACAGCUCUAGAAAUUUUGCUGUCUCAUUAUAAUUGGCAUCUGAAACCUAGAAAUUGCAGAGUUGAGUUGUGUCGUACAAGGCGUAUACGCAGUUGUGUACACUUAAGAUGCAAAUAUUUGUGAAGACCUUGACUGGGAAGACCAUAACAUUGGAAGUUGAGGCCUCUGACACCAUCGAAAAUGUAAAAGCAAAAAUACAAGACAAAGAAGGGAUACCGCCUGACCAGCAGCGCCUGAUUUUUGCUGGGAAACAGUUGGAGGAUGGCCGCACACUGUCAGACUACAACAUUCAGAAAGAAUCCACACUUCACCUUGUUCUUCGCUUGCGUGGAGGCAUGCAGAUAUUUGUAAAGACAUUGACUGGCAAAACCAUCACCCUUGAAGUGGAGGCUUCAGAUACCAUUGAAAAUGUGAAGGCCAAAAUCCAAGACAAGGAAGGAAUCCCUCCAGAUCAACAGAGGCUGAUCUUUGCAGGCAAGCAACUGGAAGAUGGUCGUACCCUGUCUGAUUACAACAUUCAAAAAGAAUCUACUCUCCAUCUGGUUCUUCGCCUGCGAGGAGGCAUGCAGAUCUUUGUGAAGACAUUGACUGGCAAAACCAUCACCCUUGAAGUGGAGGCUUCAGAUACAAUUGAAAAUGUGAAGGCCAAAAUCCAAGACAAAGAAGGAAUCCCUCCAGACCAACAGAGGCUGAUCUUUGCAGGCAAGCAACUGGAAGAUGGUCGUACCCUGUCAGAUUACAACAUUCAAAAAGAAUCUACUCUCCAUCUGGUUCUUCGCUUGCGAGGAGGCAUGCAGAUCUUUGUGAAGACAUUGACUGGCAAAACCAUCACCCUUGAAGUGGAGGCUUCAGAUACAAUUGAAAAUGUGAAGGCCAAAAUCCAAGACAAGGAAGGAAUCCCUCCAGACCAACAGAGGCUGAUCUUUGCAGGCAAGCAACUGGAAGAUGGUCGUACCCUGUCAGAUUACAACAUUCAAAAAGAAUCUACUCUCCAUCUGGUUCUUCGCCUGCGAGGAGGCAUGCAGAUCUUUGUAAAGACAUUGACUGGCAAAACCAUCACCCUUGAAGUGGAGGCUUCAGAUACCAUUGAAAAUGUGAAGGCCAAAAUCCAAGACAAGGAAGGAAUCCCUCCAGAUCAACAGAGGCUGAUCUUUGCAGGCAAGCAACUGGAAGAUGGUCGUACCCUGUCUGAUUACAACAUUCAAAAAGAAUCUACUCUCCAUCUGGUUCUUCGCCUGCGAGGAGGCAUGCAGAUCUUUGUGAAGACAUUGACUGGCAAAACCAUCACCCUUGAAGUGGAGGCUUCAGAUACAAUUGAAAAUGUGAAGGCCAAAAUCCAAGACAAGGAAGGAAUCCCUCCAGACCAACAGAGGCUGAUCUUUGCAGGCAAGCAACUGGAAGAUGGUCGUACCCUGUCAGAUUACAACAUUCAAAAAGAAUCUACUCUCCAUCUGGUUCUUCGCUUGCGAGGAGGCAUGCAGAUCUUUGUGAAGACAUUGACUGGCAAAACCAUCACCCUUGAAGUGGAGGCUUCAGAUACAAUUGAAAAUGUGAAGGCCAAAAUCCAAGACAAGGAAGGAAUCCCUCCAGACCAACAGAGGCUGAUCUUUGCAGGCAAGCAACUGGAAGAUGGUCGUACCCUGUCAGAUUACAACAUUCAAAAAGAAUCUACUCUCCAUCUGGUUCUUCGCUUGCGAGGAGGCAUGCAGAUCUUUGUGAAGACAUUGACUGGCAAAACCAUCACCCUUGAAGUGGAGGCUUCAGAUACCAUUGAAAAUGUGAAGGCCAAAUCCAAGACAAGGAAGGAAUCCCUCCAGACCAACAGAGGCUGAUCUUUGCAGGCAAGCAACUGGAAGAUGGUCGUUCCCUGUCUGAUUACAACAUU